GGAACUUAUUUCUACAUAUAGUACAUCAUUAAUGACUGGGUUGUCACUGAUGGAGGAGGGGCUGGACCACCACGCACCGUGGAGGAGAGGGCCGGCAGAACGAACCUGGCAGCGGUGCUUAGGGAAACCCAGUUCUCCAAAAAUAAAGUUUGCCUACACUCUUCGUACCGAACUGAAGACUUUACGGAAUAGAUUUGCAAACUGUCGUGUUAUUGCUCGUUUUUACUAUUGCCUAUUGGGGGAAUUAGUAAACGUUAAGACUUUUAGGAGAUAGAUAGGACGUUGGAAAGUGAUCGCUCAACUUUCUACACAGGAAGCGCUUUCAACAAGUCUAGCGAACAGAGCGCGGACGACUCAGAUGCUCAGAACAUGGAGUUGAACAGAGGAGACGUGCCUCUAUAUGGCCAAUUGGAAGUGUGUGCUCUUCUGCAGGUUCCAGAUCUAGAACCAGAACAGACAGAGUUCUAUGUGGUUUUAGAAGGUUCCAGACUAGCCCAUGUUACUGUAGGGAAGAGAACAGAGGAUGGAAAGUCUCUGUGCUUCACUGUUCCAGGUCAUGACCUUCAGGAGACUGUCUCUGUCACAGUGUAUUGCCACACAGAGGGCAGAGCCAAGCCCUGUGGAGGCGGGGCCUCGCUGGACUACGUCUGUGAUUUGCCACAGGAAGUGGCCGAGUACCUGCUAGCCAAUAGCGACUGUCUGAGUCCCCAGAGCCACCUGGAGGUCCUGAGGAGGGUUUCAGCAGCUCCAGGGGAGGGGAACACGGAGGGUGACAGGAGUGCUGGCUCAGGAGACCACGAUCUGGGGAAGACAGACCAGGAGGAUGGGUAUGGGGGUGGGAGACCCAGACCUGAUCCAGAGGUGGAGUGUCGUCUCAGGGAGAUGGAUGAGAAGAUAACCCAGGCCGUGGCCAACCUGGACUACCCUCUGGAGUGGAGCGGCAAGGCCAGCCAACCUAGAGAAGAGCACCAGCCCAGAGACACUCUCCUCCACCUCUCCGUGCGUCUGGGUUUGCUCUGUCUCUCCCGCUUCCUGAUUGGCCAGCCCAGGGGUCAGAGGGCACUGACACUUCCAAAUGAGGAGGGGGCCACACCCCUCCAGCUGGCUCAGAAUGGAGGAGACCACACCCUCUUUAUGGCACUUACCACCCCCCCUGUCCCACAGAGGUCUCCCCCUGUCGGGGUGUGCUGUGUGUGGGCAGAUAGGACUUGUGUGCUAAGGGUAUGUCCUGGGUCUGGCACCCUUAACCUUACCUUCCUGGGGGGCCCUGAGAGCAGUGUUCUGGACAACAUCCUGGUUCUCAGAGAGAAACUGACGGACCACAAUAUCCUCAGACAGAUCUCAGCACUGAGAGGUGAUGUUGAUGUUCAGAUGGAGGACAGUGACGGAGUGGAUGUCCAUACAAGUGAUACCAGUGACGGAGGUCUAGGCAGGGGGCUGCCAGUAGAAGACCUUACACUGGUGGUUAGAGUUUUUGAAGAGCAGCUCGUUCUCUCUCUGGAUGAUGAUGAGGAACUUCCAACAUUACAAACAGUGAAGUCCCAGACGGCCCACCCCAGACGAACCCAGAGACAGUCCUCCCACUCUGCUGUGGCAGACAAAUCAGCCUCCAUGAUCAAUGGCAGGAGUCAGCUCUCCACAGAGGUGGAUGACCUCAAGGCCACGGUUAGUGUUGCCGGGAUAACGAGGGACAGCUCUGUGACUGACAGCAGGGUGUGGGACACAGUGGACUCAGAGGUCCUCCUCCAACAGGCCACCGUCACCCCUCCUCCCUUCGGACUGGAGGAGCAACAGUCCCCCUUCAUCUCUUCUUCUCCCUUGUCCUCCCCUGCUGACCGAGCCCUUGCCCGAGUGAACAGCCUUUCCCACUCAUACCUAACCAAUCAGAGAGGGAGCCCACCUCUGGAGUCACCUAACCUCAGCCCCAGUCUGGUAGCUCUAGUGAUUGACAGUGAGGAGGAGGGGGUUCUGGAGAAGUCUCCCUUCUCUCCUCUUACCUUUGACCCUCGUAGCAGCGGGGACGACGCCUCCCCAGACCUCACCUGCACACGCACACACUCUGCCUCCUCGGCCGGUGACCCCACCCCCACAAAGGAUAUGGGCGACCAGAAGAUCAGACACCGCUCCUACUCCUACUCCUCCCCCAAGAUCAGCCUGCUGCCCUCCCGCUUCUCCCGUGACACCUCGGCCCAGCCUGCGACAUCUGACCUCAGCCCAGAACGGAGAGAGCUCAGCCUAUCGAAGCAACCUCAAGAUAAAAGGGAGUUAAAGUUCCGUAAGCGUGCCCAGUCCGCAGACGACGAGGGCAGCGUUGAGCUGGCAGAGUCCCUCCAACACCUCACCCUCUCAGAGUUCCUCAAAGAAAUUGAAGAAGAGGAGUGGGACAAGUACAACAUCCCUUCCAAGGUGGCGUCAGAGAAAUACAAAAUGAUUCGUACCUUCAGCUUCCUCAAGAGCCGGAUGUCGAGCACACGCAACAAGAACAAGGGGAAGGAGAAGGAAAGGGAGAAAGAGAAGGACAGGCAGCAGAAUGGACAUCGCUUCUCCACGGGGUCCUGUGCUGGACCCACUGUCUGUCUGGUCUGUGACAAACCUGCCACUGGCAAGGAACUUCUGCACUGCUCCAGUUGUACACUCAUGGUCCAUAAGGGUUGUAAUGACUUUGCUCCCCCGUGUCUAAAGAAACUUGUGAAGAACCGAACGGCAUCCCUCCCGCAGAUGCGAGACAGUCCCUCUUCAUGUCUGAUCGCCACCUCAGCCUCUCUACCUAUGAUGAGCCAGAGGGACAGGAGGGAAACAGCCUCACUCCCCAACCCCCUCUCCAGGAGCGUCCCCUCUGCCACUGACAGCAGGCUUAGCGAGAGUCCGGAAGUGGAGUCUGACAGGAGAUGGGGUCCUGGCCGAUCAGAGGAGCUCCUACAGACCACGGAGUCGUCCUCCUCCACUGACUCCUCCCUCGGAGAAGACUGUGUGGACACCGGCCUCCACAGCGACCUGGCUGCUGAUGCUCUGGACUACGAGGCUGAGUCUUGGAGUCUGACGGUGGAACACAAGUUUUGUAAAAAGCAGGACAAACGGGUGGUCAAGAGACAGGACGUCGUCUAUGAGUUGAUGCAGACAGAGAUGCACCACCUCCAGACUCUGUGCAUCAUGGCUGAGGUCUUCCGGCGAGGGAUGAGGGAGGAGGUCCAGCUGGACGCCGGCGCCGUGGGGCGUGUCUUCCCCUGUUUGGACGAACUCCUGCUCCUCCACCACGACCUCUUCAACUCCAUGAGGGAACGCCGCCACAGCUCCGCCCAGCCAUACGGGAACAGGAACUACGUCAUAGACCGCAUCGGAGACGCUCUGCUGCAACAGUUUUCCGAAGAGAACGCAGAGAGGAUGAAACAGGUGUAUGGAGACUUUUGCAGCCAUCACACUGAGGCAGUCACCUUCUUCAAAGAGCUACAGCAACACAACAAACGAUUUCAGACCUUCAUCAAGCAACAAAGUAAUAACUAUUUGGUGCGGAGGAGAGAGAUCCCAGAAUGCAUCUUGUUGGUGACCCAGAGGAUAACUAAGUACCCUGUUCUGUUGGAGAGGAUUCUACAGUACACCCAGGAGGACAGUGAGGAGCACAGGGACCUCUCCAGAGCUCUGGUUUUGAUCAAGGAGGUGAUCGCAGCUGUAGACCUGAGGGUCAGUGAGUUUGAGCAGGGUCAGAGGUUACAGGAUGUCCUAAACCGGAUGGACAACCGUAGUGCUGCCAAGCUGAAGAAUGGACACACCUUUAGGAAGCAGGAUGUUCUGGUGCCAGGCCGGACCCUCAAACACCAGGGCCUGUUACUGUGGAAGACCGCCACCGGACGACUCAAAGAUGUCUUGGCUCUCCUUCUCACAGACACACUGAUCUUCCUCCAGGAGAAAGACCAGAAGUUCAUAUUCGCUGCUGUGGACCAGAAGCCCCCAGUGAUCUCUCUGCAGAAGCUGAUUGUCAGAGAGGUAGCCAAUGAGGAGAGAGGGAUGUUUCUGAUCAGUGCGUCGGCUGCGGGUCCAGAGAUGUACGAGGUCCACACCUCCUCGAAAGACCGACGCAACACCUGGAUGAGGCACAUCCGAGAGGCUGUGGAGAGCUGUCCAGAGGAUGAGGAGGAGAACACUAGCGAAUCAGAGGAGGAGAGAAGAGCAUCUGAAGCCAGAGCCCAGAAGAUACAAAGACUACAGGAGAGCCUGUCCAGUCAGGACCAUCAGAUAUGUUCCACUCUGGAGGAGAAGCUACAGAUCUAUGCUGAACUGUCUACCUUGAGGGGUGCCACCCAGGAACCACACCUUGAGCCACGCUUACUGGUCCAGCCGCAGCCAGAGGAGGUUCCCCGGGCUGCAGUACUGCUCACUGCCGCGCUCCGAGAGGCUGAGAACCUGAGGACCACUCUGUCCUCCAGGACCUGUUCUCCCUCCAGCCUCUGCAGCCCUCACAGGGACCCCCUGCCCAACCCUGUGUCCUCAGCCAACCCUCCUACCCCCAUGGACACCCCCACAGACGGCGAAGCCUCACAUGGGGACCCUGAUACCAGGGACGGGGAGUGGUCAGCCUCCCAGGCCCUUGUACUGCAGUCCCUGACUCAACCCCACACUGGGGACACUAAUAAUAUCAACCUUAAGGUGACUCAGAGUGUCCAGAGCUUGACCCAGUUACUCUACAGUCUGCAGGCAGCGGUAACCAUCCAAGACAGUUUCUACGAGGUACAGAAGCUCCUCCUCCGUGAGAGUGACCGCUCCGGCCCCUGCCCGCCGAGACCACACCCCCCAUGUCUCCAGGAGCAGGAGAAGCAGCGUAACCAGGAGAAGCGCCGUGAGGAGGUGGCGGCGGCGGUGCGGUUACAGGGUCAGCUGCGCCAGGAGAGGCAGCGGUGGGAGAGGGAGUGCCAGAUGCGCCACAGCCAACAGGGGGAGCUGGAGAGCAGGCUAGAGGAGAGGGAGAGACGGUGUCACCUGGAGGCUGAGAGGCUGAAGCAGGAGUGGGAAGAGCUCGAAGAGCAGCUGGGGGAGUACCAGCAGAGCCUGGAGAGGCUGAGGGAGGGCCAGAGAAGCGUGGGGAAGGAGAGGGAGAGGCUGGAGACCCAGCAGAAGCUGCUGCAGAGCUGGAGACACAGCCGACAGAGGAGCCUGCCUGUCAUGGUCAUACCGCUGGAUGGUCAUCAGGACUCACUUCCUGGUCAGUCCGGCGUCCAUCUUGACAAUGCCGGCUCAGUGUUUGUCAACGAGGCAGCGUUCACCACGUCAACGGUGCUUAACAACCGCCACGUGCACCACCACAUGCAGCAGCACCAGAGAGGUGGGUCCCUGGGGUACGGAGAUGACCCUCGAGCCCACAACAGCCUGAACACCAUACUGGCCCGCUCCAGCCAGAGACACACGCUCCAACCCCUCUCCCUCUCCAAGGCUCCCACGCUCCACCCUGAAACAAACACACCCCAGUGCUGGGCGGGGGGUGCCGGUGUCACCGGGUACCUCUACACAACCUCAGGUAGACAGGGGACAGAGCACACAACCAACGAUAUAAACACACACAGCUAUGUGAGGGAGACGUGGUCCUCGACGGCAACUGUGGCUGGACAGUAUCAGGGUGUACCUCACCAUGGCGACCACCAACUGGUCCUCUCCUCCUUGGUCCCCCUGGAGACGGAUAGUGGGGAUGGGGAGGAGGGGGGAGAGGAGAACAUUGUGUACCUCUGAGGCUGGACAGACGGACCUUAAACCCUCUGGUUCAAAUCCAGGACUCAAAAGACUUGAUAUGAAUUUAGGAAGGCUCGGAAUCACAGACUGGAUUGACUUUGAUGGCUCAGACUGGACAGUAAAUAGCUAGGCCAGGUUUAAAAGAAGAACCAGAUCUGGCACAUAUAAAGAAAUCUCCCGUCCCCAUCAUGCUUUGCCUCUCUGCCCACAGUGUUCUGUGCCAGGUGCCCUCUAUAUGUGUCUCCAAGUGUUGUCUGUGAGAGAGACUUUUAUCCUGCUCUAUGUUUAUAUUUGUCCAUGAAUGUACAGUGUGUGUUUAUCCGUCUCUGUUUAGAGUUCAGCUCCAGGGCUGCCACCGGGCCUCUGUGCCCGAGGCCCUCCAUUGACAUAAUCAAUUUCUCUGUUUCCCCUGCCCAACCCUUCUGCAGUGCCUUCCCCCUUUUUCCUUACCCCUGUAUCAGUCUCCAUCUCUUUGUUUCCCUGGCCCACACUGCCCUAAGUCUGCUUCAGUCUACCUCUCUCUGUCCCUCCCUUGUCCUUUAGUCUCCAGCGCUAUUUAUUAGGCUCUCCCCAAAUGAAAUGGCGUCUACUCUGUUACCACGGGGGGAAAAAGCGAGAGCAAGAGGGUCAGAUAUCACUAGAAAGGCUGAAUCUCUCCAGUCGGUCAGUGGUUGAUUGUCUAGUGACGGAAUAUACUGCCGCUCGCACAUUCGUCAGACAAGCUCUAUUUACAAGGCGAGCGGGAUGCGGUAAACACAUUAGAUGUGACGGAGGAGGUGAAAGGCCAUGAUCAGAAGGGAUUCGGUGCGUUUCUCAGCCUGUCUGACUCCUUUGUUUUCACCUGAAGGACUUGUGAUUUUUCAGGAAUAAUCUUGUGAACCGUAGCAAUCCAUUAAUGAUACAGUAGAGUACACUGCACUACUACCGCCUAUAUGAAGUACAGAUUUGAUUCGGGUCAACUGCAUAUCGUGGUCAAAAACCAUAGGGCAGAAAUAUUCCUGUACUGUAUGUUCAAUGACCUUUGAAGUAUUACAUCUGUGACAGAGUGCACUCUAUAUGUAAACAAUACUUUGGAUGUGAAUGAUACGAAAUAUGGCAAUAUGAUUUGUUCUUUAUGCUUAUAAUAUAUAUUUUUUUUUUUACAUUGUUUUCAUCAAGGCACAUAUUUCAGGGCACGUUGUUUCUUGUAGUCGGUGUUCAGUCAUUUAGGAUUUUGUCUGACAUAUAGUUACUAUAUUAGCAAAGUCUGCGUGUCAGUAGAAGUUGGGUAGUCAGCCUGGGAUCAGUUUAUAUGCACCACAUUGUGACGCAUCACAUCUUUUUAGCAAAAGCAUCACAAUAUGAUGCACGGCAAUGAUAUUGCAAUGGGGUAGUAAGCCAUGGUUGAAGGAUGACUGAUGAAAUUAAUCUUGUACGCACUCAAGAGGUGACCUUGCUUUUUACUAAGAGAACUCGCACUUGAAUAUUCAUGUUCUACUUUAGUGCCAAUAUGUUUUCUUUUUUAAUGACCAUUGAGAUGUCCUGAAAGUCAGGCUUUAGCUGUCCUACAGCCACCAUUAAAAACACAAAUAAAAAGAAAACGUUAGACCUAAAGGACAUUGUAGGGUGUGUCCUGAAUGGUUAACUACUCCCUAUAUAGUGCUCCAAGUUUCACCAUGGCCCAUGAGGCUCUGGUCAAAAGUGUGAAAAAUAUAGAGAAUACUGUGCCAUUUGGAAGUCAGCCAUAGUAUGUAGUUAUACACAAAGGUAUUGUAAUAGGUAGCUUCAUCCACCUACAUAUAAAACAGCACAAUGGUUAUGUUCAGAUUUUGUUGUCAAUACUAUGUGAUACAGUCGAUUACUUUUAUGUGUAUAUUUCACUGCCUUCAUUUAUUUAUAGUCGAUGAGCUUUAUCGCUGUUUUAUAGUACUCCUUGUUGGGUGAUGUUGGAUUUGUCUGUAGUGCAUCAUAACACGAACAUAUGCUUAUGUACAUUUUAUCUUGUAUACAUCAUUACUCUGUAGUAGAUAUCUUGGAAUAUAAAUGCAAAUAAUGUA